AACAGUUAACAUGAAGGGAGCAGAGCAUCCAGAGCAGAGCUUCCAGAGCAGAGCCACCCUCCAGUCAGAUUCAGUCCGACCGUAGUUGAAACGGACCCGGAGUUCAGUCGCCACCGUUAACUCUUUCACAUUGGACGCGAAAAGCGCGUUCGCGAAAUUAGUGAGCAAAAUUGGAAAGAGAGCGAGCUUACAAAUGAAUUAAGCCCCAAAGUGCGGAAAGUGAUCGCUUUAAUAAAAGCAUACUUACAUUUUAAAUCAUAAGUAAUCAAGCCAAUCUUUUAAAACGAAAUCUAACAAACCGGCAUCGAAGUAAAUAUCUGAUAGAUUCUGGGGUAAACCCAAUAAAACGUAACCUAAAUCCUGAGAUCAAGAUAAAACUAAGCUGAACCGCAGGCCAAAAGUGCCAGUGCCUGGUUCCGUGACCCCCGUUCGCGUAGUUGCCCUUCGAGACCACCCAGUAACCACCACCCACCAAUCAGCACGGGCACUCCCUUGCAUGUGAGACCCGUAAUCGACCCUCUCCGGUCCCUGGUCGAUCCAAUGAAAAUGGAAGAUCCCACCAUAAACGACACGUACGUUCAGGAGUUCGAUCUGCACCACCUGGAGGUGGGCGGAAAUGCAGCUGGCCAGGCGCAUGGAGCCGGCGCCGCGUCCCAGGUCACGACCUUGGGCCAUGUGAAGCGCGAGGAUCACAGUCCGCCGCAGCCGGUGGCCGUUAAAUGGACGACGAUCCACGGCGAUCCCACGAAUCCGGACGAUGACCCGGACUCGCUGCCGCUGUCCGGACCAGAGCCCGCCGGAGCAGUGGAGGUCUCGCCAUCGCCGCACAUCAAGCUGAGGUCCUUCUCCGGCCACCACCAGUGGCACAUGGACGAACGGCGCCUGCAACCGCUCUCUCCGCCACCAGAGCAGUAUGGUCCGCUGCCCGGACAGGCGAUUCUGGUGAACACAUCUUCGGGAGCGGGCGUUCCGGGCGGAGUGCCCUCAACGCCGCCAGAAACGCCACCCGUAGUGGGCUCGCCCACGGGGAGCAGCAGCUGCCCGGCUCAGACUUACGCACACCACUAUGCCAGGACACCGGGAAGCUCCGUAUCUGUAUCCGCCUCCGCCGCCGCCGCAGCUGCUGCCUCCGCCGGAGCAGCGUCGGUGAGUGCCGGACUGAGCCACGACAUGAUGUGGCUGACCAACUCGAUACGGGCGGACCAGCAACCGUUGGAUCUGCGCCCUUUGCCCUAUCCGGGCUCCCAGGAGGAGGCGGAGGAGUGGGACAGACAGCGUGACUACGCCUUGCAGGCGGCGGCAGCUCAUCACCACCAUCACGGACAGCCGCUGAUGCAGGCACAGCAUCAUCCGCAUGGACACGGCGGUCAUCCCCACCAGGUGAUGCUGCAGCAGAGCAAGUAUCCGCACCACCAUCACCAUCACUUCCACAAUCUGGAACUGACGCCCAUCAACAUGCACUCGAAUUCGUACGGUAGUGCUUCUGGUGCCCUGACGCCCACCUGUCUGCCCCAAGUGCCCAGCAAUGGGAGUGGCAGCAGCGGAGGCGGAGGAGGCAGUGGAAGCGGUGGACCCGGCAGCGUGGGUGGCGGCUCCUGCGUCAUCACACGGGCUGCCCUCCAACCCUGCCGCCCGCUCUCUGCCAGCUCGACCAGAUCCUCGAACAACAUGUCGCCCAGAACCUGUUCGGGUGCCUACAGCAAUGCCACGCUGGAGGAUUGCCUCAAUGACGACAUGCUGACCACGUUGACGGUACGGGAGCUGAACAAGCGGCUCCAUGGAUGCCCACGGGAGGAGGUAGUACGUCUGAAGCAGAAACGACGCACCCUGAAGAAUCGCGGCUAUGCCCAGAACUGCCGGUCCAAGCGACUCCAUCAGCGCCACGAACUGGAGAAGGCCAACCGUGUGCUCAACCAGGAUCUGCACCGCCUGAAGCUGGAGUACUCGAGGGUCUGUCAGGAGCGGGAUGCCCUCAUGCAGCGUCUGCAGCGGGCGGCAAAUGGUGGAGGCGGUGCAGGAGGUGCAACCGCCGGCGAUAGCCAAAGCUCUCCGGAAUUCUACCUCUGACGCCAGUUGGCGGUGGCCAGCGGCUCCUCCGCAUCCUCAUCCUCCUCCUCGCAGCAGCAGCAGCACCACCAGCAACUUCAUCUCCAGCAUCGGGGUCCACAGUGGAAUCCCCAGCAGCUGGUCAACUAAGUAGAGAGCGUUCCGAGUUUAAGGUACUUUCCCAAGGAGUUGGUCAUUUCCAAGAGCUUUUCCUAGACACAAUGUAAGGUAAAUUGGUUCGAUUCCAAGAAUGUUUUCCAAAUAGUCUCCACUCGAAAGAACAUGUUUUCCAAAAAGAGUUUGUUAAAGUGUUUCCAAGGGGUUAGGUGUCAGAAUUCCAAUUCUGUUUGUUAUACAUUCAAAAUGAUUUAUGUUAUACCACGCGUUAUUGUAAGUUUAUCCCUAUUUCUGUGUAUUCUUAAAAAUAAUUUAGUAACUAGGUUGGAUUUUCAAGAGAAGUGCAUUCCCAUUACCACCACUGUUGAUAUUUAUUUGCGCGAUUUAGAUAACAAUAGGUCACUACAUUAAGCACAUUUUCCCUCAUUAAUUUAAAAACAUUUCCAUUUAAUCAAUAAUGCUGAAAAAUUAAACGGUUUUCGGAGAAUUCUGUUUAGCUAUGUUACUAUGAAAUUUUUUAGGGGUCUUUUUGAGCGUUUAAUUCGUCAUUAUUCUGAUUGCGACAAUAAAUUCCGAUGAAUAUCAGUUUGAGAACUUGGAAAGUGAUCGACAGAGAUUGAGAUAGAUGAGAUAGAAAGUAAAGUGAGAGAGAGAGCGUGUUUGGAUGGAACUUUUGCUGAUUAUCAGUCUGACUAAGGCAAAGAUCGAUUAUAAAUAAAACUAAUUGGAACUCGUAUGUAUAAAGGACAAACAUUGUAUAAACCCAAGGAACAAAAACAAAAAGGUAAAUUAACUAGCGGCUUCUGAUUAUCAAUCGCUACAUUAUUACAAAGUACGAGUUAGUAACACACGCUUAUUUGUUGAUUAGUUCUAGCCUUAGUUUCCCUACUAGUAUUAAGCGAAACAGAAGCGAAUUAUAAUAUCAUAGAUGCGAUAGUUGUUCUAGAGGCCGUGUUUCCCCUUCCUAUCACAUCCCUUUCCACUUCCGUUUCCGCGUUAGCCACACCCCCGCAAAAAUUCCAACCCUUCAGUAGCAAUACAUCUAAUAAAACUAAAGGUUGUAUUAAGUUAAAACACCGAAAGCUGGAAGAACCGAUGUAUAAAGUGAAACUGGAUGGAAGCGAUGAACAAACUCAACUGAAGUAAACUAAAAAACUAACAAAGUCCUAUACAAUUUAAUGAGCACUGAAAAUGACGAUGGAAAAUAAUGUACAUACACCCACACACUUACGUAUAAAGAUGAAAAGAUGUAAAUUUAAGAUUUUUUGAAUGCAUUCAGAUUUCUGUCUUUGUGAAACUAGAAGAAACACACGCGAAUACUGAGCCGGUAAAUUAAAGAUUAAUUACUAACUAAAAACAAUUGUGAGUAGUUGAUAAGUGUGCAUAAAACAAUUUAGUAAUAAAUAAAUCUAAAUUAAUGAAUAA